AUGUCCCUCCGCCGCCUCCUACCCCUCUCCGCCGCCGUCUCCGGCAACCUCCGCCGCUCCCUCUCCACCGCCGCCUCCUCCUCGCACCCACCAUGGGCCAUCCUUGACUAUUCCUCGCUGGUCGACAGAUCGUCGUCGGCUCCGGGCGCGUGCUUCCGCCCCGUCGCGCCUCCGGGCAUCUCGAGCAUCUCCGCCCCGGCGCACCUCCUCGGCUCCAGGGAACGCCCCGCCCCUUACAGCAACGUCGUACAACUCCUCGGCGGCGACGUUCGCGCGGCCAGCGGCGACGGCCACCUCCUCCUCAACUACUUUGAUGGCCAGGCGGAGGCACCCUGCACCUCCUGGGAUCUAUCGGAGGACAUGGAGAUCCACCGCUUCGUCUGCAACCCUGUCAGCGGCCAGAUGCUCCGCCUGCCGGAUAUCGCUGGCUCGAGGAGUAUCCUUCUGCAGAACCACAUGGGCCUCCUCACCCAAGCCGAUGGCGGGCGCGGGCACGGGCACGGGCCGCUUGACAGGUUCGCCGUGGCCGAGCUCGUCUUCGAUGGCCGCGCCCUUGAGCGCUUUCUCUCGGAUGAAGGGGAGUGGAAGACGGUGUUGAACAGCGUACCAAGCCGGUCGCUUCUCCCGCGCACGAUGCAGGUGAACCAGGAGACGGUUGCCUUCGGCGGCCGGCUGUGGUGGGUCGACUUGACCUUGGGCGUCAUCUCCGUCGACCCGUUCGGCGACCCGCCGGAGAUCUGCGGCAUCCAGCUGCCCGGCGGCAGCGUGCUGCCUGCACGCGCGCAUGCGGAGAGUGGAGAUUUCAGCAAGGCCGAGGAAAAUGUCAAGUUCAUGCUGGAGGUGGCCAAGUACCGCCGCGUUGGGGUCAGUCAGGGGAGGCUGCGGUAUGAUGAGAUCACUCCGGGCGGCCCAUUUCUGCUCAGCUCCUUCGCGCUCGAUGACGACGCCACCUCCUGGAAGCUGGAGCAGCAGGUGGAGCUCAGGCAGGUCUUGGCGGAUGGAGGCUACCAGCUGCAGCACAACUCGCCGGCGCCACAGAUCGCUGUCCUGGACCCGCUCAACGCCGGCACUGUGCAUCUCAAGGUCGGCGAGCACGUCGUCGUCGUGGACAUGCACAAUGGGAAGGUGAUUGGGGCCUCCCCGCUUCAAGACGACUACUUUUCUUUGGUACCAUGUGUGCUUCCACCGUGGCUUGGAGCAAGCCGGAUCCCUACAACAGGUAAUUUAUCACCUGAUUGCUAUUAACCGAUACUGAAAUCUCCUUGCUUUCAGUUGU